AUGAAUCGUUUCCUCACACGCAAGAAGACCGAGGCCGCACUCGAGAGCCCCGAUGGCCCGCCGCCGACAAGCAAGAAGACCAAGAAGGGCAGGAAGAAUAAGGAGGAGGAGCAGCCCAAGCCGCAGCUAGACCUGUCCCAAGCUCUGCCAUCGACGGACAAUUUUCGGACCAGCCUCCUUAUGCCCAACCUUUCGGCGCGAUUCAGCAUGCUCAGAGAGCAGGAUGAUCCAGAGUCGAAAUUGGGUAAAGCAAGCGACGAUAGCGUUCUGUUCUCCAAGCGCCAGUCACGGCUAACGGACUUUGGCUUUAAUUCAGCAGGCUUGACGGACAUCGCUGAAGUCGCUUCCAUCAACGAUUCCAUCCGGCCUCCCUUCCUCGCCGGAAGGUCUGGCUCUAUUGACUAUGGUACCGAUGACGGUGAUUCUAUCCACAGCGGAAGCGUUAUGAGCCGGUCACGUCCAGGUGAAGGCAACGUCCUUUUUGGUGGCCGUCAGAAAGUCUACAUGGGCAAUCGAGCCCUGUACGAUGAUGAUGUAGGCAUGUCGGCAUACCAGCGGAUGCGGGCCGAAGAACGUCGGAAGAAGCGUGAAGAAGAGGGGUUUGAAGAUGGCCAGGAUGAAGAGGAGGAUGAGGAGCCAGAAACCCCCGCGCACGAACUCAAGCAUGCAUCGUCGUUCUCCGGAUCUCUUCGUCGCCGCGAAACCGCUUCUUCGACGGCGUCUGGAGCUGGCGCCCGUGCUUCCACAGCUGCAACUUCGAUCGCCUCGCAGGGCGCCAAUGCCAUUCCACCGCCGUCGGCAUCCAGCCUGGAGCGUUCCGGCACCAAGGGCAGGAGACUUUACGACCAAGGUCUCGAUAGAAACUUUGGCGAGGGAAACUCCGCAAUAAGCAGACUGAACUCUCUCCAGAAGCAACGGACCAUGACCACUGGACGCGCGACUCCUCCGCUUACCCAAACAAGAAGUGCAACGAAUCUUAGCGACCGCUUCAACCGUGGUAACCAAUAUCGUGCAGCCAGCCCACCGCCAUCUGCGCCUUUGGCCAACAUGGGAAGUUUCAAGGCAGCGAUCGAUGGUGAUUCGCAGCAGUCAAGCCCGGUUGUCGCAACAUCCUCUCCGACCAGCCCGUUCCCUCCCAUCAGUCCUUUGGAUGAGAAUAACCCGCUCGCCUCGGCCAUUCAGCCCGGAGACCGCGGCAAGGCGACUGCCAUGGGCGCGUUCCAAAAGCCAGCACGGCAGUUCGAUGAGACCCAGUAUUUGCAACGGCAAAAGCAGAUGCUGCAAGGUCGGGAUACUCCGCCGCCGAGAAAACCUUCACGCUCGCCACAGAGAGCUGUUCAGGAGAGACUCAACAAAUUCGAGAUGAAGAGCAAGGAGCCGGAGGUGAUACUCAAGCAACCUCCUGCGACGUCCAAGAACGUGUCGGACGCUCGGAAAAGACUCGACGCGCUUCGCACUGAGAUCGCGGCUGAUUUGGAUGACCUCAGACCCUCAUCCGAUUCGGAAGACGAGCCUGAGAAGAAGGUCGAAGAACGUCCUGGCCGUAGCCGCUCUCGAACGAACUCCAGCAGCCUGGUGCCCUCACCUCCCAGGGUUCCAGCUUCGCCUGCGAUGCCUACCGCUUUCCCCUCCCCCGUUUCGCCGCCAAAGCAGGCAUUGCCUCCUACGCCGAACUCACCAUCGAGGCAGAAGCCGGCUGCUAAGCCUGCUUCUCCACCCAGGAGAAUCUCAGAGGACAGGAUGCCUCCCGAGCCGGCGUCACCUGAACUGCCCGUGAAGAAAUCAGCCUUCUCUGUUUUCCAGCGCGCGAAGCAGCAAAUGCAAGCUAAGGCCAGCGAUGAGCCUGCUCAGGAGAGCCCCGACAGGGGACAGAUGACUUUCUUCUCCUCCCGCAACUCGAGCGACGAUGAGGACGACGAUGAUGUACCCGAGGUCCAACCCCUACGAUCUCCCGUAACUCGGACGGGGUCCAGGCCUGGGAGUAAGCCGCAAAGUCCUAUUGCUUUCAGGAGCAAUCAAGCUUCUUCUGCUAGCGUUUCACCGGCGCUUCGUUCGCCUCCGCCCGCGCAUGAACAUCCUGCGUUGCGUUCGUCUCCUAGUCUUGCGUCUCCCGCCUCGCGUGCCUCUGAGAACAUGCUGCAAGCCCUCAACUCGCCGCGAGAAUCAGAAGGCAAGUCGUCGGUCUCCACCAUGGUCAAGUCCGACGCAACGGAUCUCGACUCCCCGACUCUUGGUCCCGAAAACGGUGGGCUCAACGGCAUGAUUCGGCAGCACCUGCGAAACCAAAGCCAGCAAAGCGGCGUAUCCUCGGAGUACGAUAACGACAGGGAGGACUUUGACGACAACGACCACAGCAAAUCUAGCCACUUGACGGCCGAUUCUAUGAUUUCUGACACUCCCGGCCAUUCUAGCUAUAGCCACUCGAACCCUUGGGAUCUGGAGGAUUUGGAUGGCAGUUACUAUGGUGAGGCAGACAGUUUGAGCUCCGUCAGCCCCGUCGACGGGUCGAGAUGUCAGACUCAACCGUUCCCCAGGCCCGGUCCCAGCGCGGUACCGCAUCGCUCAGAGCCUCCAAAGGAAGAACAGUUGGACCGUGAACAAGUCGCGCCUUGGGAGCAGGAAAUGAAAUCCAAACACAGCAGGAAUGUCAGCCAUACCACUCUUGCGGAACGCGAGGCAUUCCAGAAGGACCUCGAGGAAAGACAGAAGGCCAUUCAGGAGGCUCUGAGGAGCAAAAUGGACGAGAGCCGCUCUGGCAGCCCAACGCCGAGUAUGGGUGGGGCAAUGAAGGCAUUCGGCAUGCUUCGCAACAAGUCCAGCCGUGAUACCCUCGCCGGUCGUCAGCCUGCAAGCUCCAAGGCAAUCAACAUGCUUGGAAUGGGUGCGAACGCCAGCAGCGCUUCUCUCUCCCGGACAAGCGAGGAUCAUCUGAAGAGGCAACGGGAGAGACUAGCAAAUAGCCCUAUGCCUUCAGACGACGACUACCGCAAGGAGUUUGAGGAUCGCCUGGCUCGUGGCGCUAGCGGCAAUGAUCACUCGAGCAAGAGCCGUUCUCCGUCGGCGAGCCGUGGAGAACGCAGCAGGUCGAACUCGACGAUUUCUGCAGUGUCUGGUCGAUCCCGGAGUCGUACUGGUCGGCGCGAGUCCUCGGACCAGACGCCUCCCCCUAUUCCAUCCCAGAUGCCGAGGGGUGUUGUGCCUAGUCCUGAUUCGCUGCCUUCCUCGUCGCCUGUCGUCGAGCCACCGCCGAAUCCUCCGGCGCUACGCAUGCGAAGCAGCAGCAGACCUUCCCCGUCUGGCUAUUUCGAUCAGAAGUCGCUGCACCCCAUCCAGACUGGCCUAGCUAACGGUACGUCGCACAUCGCACCUGCCUCGGCCGGAACCACGCCCCAUGUUUCGCCUGGUUUCGCUCCAGGUCGCUCGCCCGUUGCUCCGGGAAGCAAGUCUGCGGGCCACAGCCCCGGUAUCGCUCCAAUGGCAGCGAAGGCCGCCACUUUCGCCGCGCACUCGAACCAUUCCUCUCCGGCGAUCGCCUCAGCGCCUCCGCCCCGUCGCAUUGUUGGUGUUCCUCCGGAGCGCAAGAAGUCUAUUGCCAAAUCUCUCAUUUCCGAGCCCUUGUUCGUUUCUUCGACUUCGGUGGUCGACACGAUUGAGCUCCCGGCGGGUGCUUCCCUGAAGAAUGGCAUGGGCGAGGGAGCGCCUCCUUUGCCUCCGAUUAACCCCAUGCGCCGGCGUUUCGGCUUUGGUCGUUCCGACUCCUCCAGCACCACGACCUCGGAUGGCAGGCCCAGCACCGAAGAUGGAGACAGCAAAAGUCGCACGAGGAUGCGGAAGAGUAGCAACCCGUCGCUCUUCCGUUCUUCGAACCACAGCAACGAGGAUCCGCAACCCAUGAGGCCGCCUCCGGUCGAAGAAGGCGCCAUGUUCUAG